AUGGGCCACUCAAGCGAAGCCACUCCCCGCACGGCUCCUUAUGGGACGUGGGAGAGCCCGAUCACGGCGGAGCAUCUCACAUCCGCAGGGAUUAACUUCACGGAGGUUGCAGCUACCCCCGAUGGUGUCACCUAUGUCAUCGAGGCUCGGCCCGCGGAGAGUGGGCGAUGCUGUAUAGUCGAGUGGCGGGAAGGACAGGCGCGGGACGUGCUGCCUGCAGAGUACAGUGCGCGCACAGCGGUGCAAGGAUAUGGCGGGGCAGCUUUUGUGACUGCGCCGGAUGGGAACCUCAUCUUUUCUGACGCGAAGACCAGAGGGGUCUACAUCCUCAAUCCUGCCACCGGCAGCACCGUUGCCGUGACUGAACCAGAUGGGAAAAUCUACUUCGCCGACUUCGACGUGCACCCAACCAAAACAGAAUGGAUCCUGGCAAUCCGCGAAGACCACCGUUUGAAGGAAGUGGUCAAUGAGCUGGUGGCAAUCAAUAGCACCACCAAAGAGGUGCAGGUUGUUGCCUCUGGCGCCGACUUUUAUACUCACCCCCGAUUCAACUCGACCGGGGACCGAGUCUGCUGGAUGCAGUGGAAUCACCCAGACAUGCCUUGGACUGGGACAGAGGUAUAUACUGCAUCGUGGGUCGAUGGAAAGUUUGAGCAGCCAGUUCGCCUUGCUGGUCAAGCAGGCCAAGAGAGUAUCACCCAGCCUCGAUGGGGCCCAGAUGGGACACUUUUCUUCCUGUCAGAUCGGUCUGGGUAUUGGCAGUUUUUUCAAUGGAGUCCUGACUCGGCUAGUGCUGAGCCACGCCCUAUUAUCAUCAAGGGCCUGGAAGAUGGAGAGUUCUCCUUCCCAGAAUGGUUGCUUGGAAGUUGCACAUAUGUCAUUCCCAAGCCCGAUACGAUCGUUGCUGCUUGGACGCGCAACGCAGCCGACCGUCUGGUCAUCAUCAACCUCUCGGACUCCACCUACGAGUUUCUCCCGUCGUCCCCUGGGACUUCUCUCAGCGGAAUCACCACCGGCAGAUCUAUGGCUUUGACCUCAAGCACCAGCUUUGCUGUUAUCGCCAGUACCCCAACGGCUCCUAGUGCCGUUUACCACAUCGACUUGAACGACCCAUCCUCCAGGACGACACUCAGGUCCUCCACGACUCUCACCAUUCCACCCGAGUACUUCUCGCUGGCCGAACACGUUUCCUUCCCUCGCACCACGAGCGGCUACACCGACACCCUCUCCCACGCCUUCUUCCUUCCCCCAACUAACCCCGAGUACACCGCCCCCCCAGGCAGCCUCCCACCUCUGAUUAUCUCCAUCCAUGGCGGACCCACCGCCCACUCAGACUCUGGCCUCUCCCUCAUGUGGCAAUACUACACGACCCGCGGGUACGCUGUUGCCUUCCUCAACUAUGCUGGCUCCUCCGGGUACGGCCGGAAAUACCGCGAACUGCUCAACGGGGUCUGGGGUCACCUCGAUGUGCUCGAUGCCGGCGACUGCGCCCGAUACCUCAGCUCAAGCGGCCGCGUCAACGCAUCCGGCGUUGGUAUCUGCGGCGGCAGUUCCGGGGGCUACGCCACGCUUGAAGCCAUCUGCGUAACCCCAUCCCUCUGGGCCGGCGCGAUCAGCAUCUCCGGGAUCAGCGACGUCGAAGCCCUCGUCGCAGGAACACACAAGUUCGAAAGCCACUACGCGUUCCGCCUCCUCUUCGGCGACGAUGUGCCCAAGGACGAAGAAGUUCGUCGGCAGUUGUAUCGCGCACGCAGUCCCCGGUUCCAUGCGGAUAGCAUCACGGCGAUGACGCUAAUUAUCCAGGGAACGGAUGAUGAAAUCGUGCCCCUGAACCAGGCCCAAGCCAUGGCGGAUACCAUCCAGGCCAACGGAGGCAAGUCCAAACUGCUCGUUUUCGAAGGUGAAGGCCACGGUCAUCCCCGGAAAUCAGAGAACGCGCUCCGUGCGGUGCACGAGGAAGAGCGGUGGUGGCGGGAGAGUCUGGUGGAACAGGAGAACAAGGUCUCGAACCCAUGAACAUUUCCCCUCCCCAUUACCUCAGCACGCACAACUCGAGACAUUAGUUGAUCGGCUAUUGAUUCAACGGACGCUCGUCUCAAUAAAGGAGAUUUCUCCCCUCUGCCUCAAACUCAAUCCACCCACCCAUUUGUCAAAGAAAAAUAAAAUAAAAUCUCCCGUAGAUCAUGAUCAUCAUCCCAUGACCAGUCUGAUUAGGUUCUUUAUUCCAAAUCACGCCAUCCUCUCACUACCUAUGGUAUACCUGCAGAAGUAUCUACAGUACUGGCAUUUCGUUCAAUAUUUAUCCACGGAAAUCCGACCCACCCAAGCAGUAGAUAGCACUACGUCUGUAAAGUAGUACUUCGGAACAUCCUUCUAUAGUUGGCUGGCUAGCUAGCCAUCUAAUAAUCCAAGGGAUGGAUGGCUGGAUGGAUG